CUCUCCAUCUCCCUCAUUCCACCGUGUCCUUUUCAUGUUCUUCAUAUCCUCUUACCUAUGUUUUCAUUCCCCUCUAUGUCCUUCUCCCCUUUUUCAUUGUCCUUCUUCCUCUCCCUCUCCUCCCCGUCUCCUCCUCCUCUUCCUCCACCUUUAGACCUUGGCCGAUCCAAUCAAGCUGAUCACAGAGAGCAUGGAUGCUAUCCAGUCCCCAAAGGUCCUGGCCCAGAACCUCAGACAAGCUUGGGACCAGGUCCAGGCUCAGAAUGACGAACUUGAACUAGAUUUGAUGACGGCCACUGAUCGGGUCAAACAAUUUGAGUCGCGCUUGGAAGCUCAAGCACAGGACGUCAAGUGCCUCGCCACCGAUGUCGGCGUCUGCCUCGCACCCGAUAUCAACCACUCCGAUGUCGUCGUCGAGCUCAGGUGGUCUUUCGACGACCUCCAGAAGGAGAUCGCGGCAAAAGAAGAGCAGAUCGAGGAUCUUCUGCUCAAGAUGAAGGCUCUGACGUCAUCCCUCGAGGACCUCCAACCCCUCCUUGUUCCCGAGCCCAAGAAGAAAGAGAAGAAGAGGAGCAAGAGACUGCGCCUGAAAUGGUGGAAGAAGAGGGCACCUGAACAACAAGAGGUAUGGGUCAGAGUCCAACAUUAUCUUGAGAAGUUGCAGGAAGGUCUCAUCAAACAAAAGACAACCAUAAGUCUUCUCGAGGCCAAGAUGACCAUACUGGCUGAUCAGAUGAAGAAGGAGAAAGAUUGUCUGGAAAGACAGAAGGCUUCCAGGGCUGAGCUCCAAAACGACUUCAAACUUCUGCAAUUUGACAACCAAAAGAAAGAGACCCUAAUUCAAAGUCUCCGGGACCUUGUCGACACCCUGCAGAAGAACUGCUUGAACAAGAACAGGGGCGCUGCUCGGUUCCAAGCGAGAAACGCGGCGGAUCAUGCGACCGUUGCCUCAAUGCCAACCAUCAAAUGCGAGGUCCUAGAUAUUGAUGACAUCCUGCCUUUCUCAGGAUGCCAUAAACCAGGUGACCUUAGCAACAUGCCUGUCCUCGGCAAAGGCACCUACGGCAAGGUGUACCUUGGUCGCCAUGGUGAUGACCUUCGACCCAUCGCCAUCAAGCAGCCAGUGUUGCACUCGGACUACCGCAGGGACAUGCUGCAGCAAGAGAAGCUGCUGAUGAAUGAAAGAGCCACGAAGGAGUCCAUGGUGCAGCAAUUGCUGUCAGGGUCUCCCUACUUCCCCAAGAUGCUUGGGAUGGUUACCAUCGGUGAUGACCUCUGCACGGUGAUGGAUUUCAUCGGCAACAAGAAGACUGGUAGGACGUACCCUCUCUACCGAGCCCUGACCCGCCGCUUCAAGUCCAACCCAAAGCUCGGCCUGAUCAACAUGCUUCAGGUCUGUGAGGAUAUCAUCAAAGGCAUCAUGGAGCUCCAUCGGGAAGGAUACCUGCAUAAUGACCUGAAAUCAAACAACAUCUUGCUGGAGAAGCGAAGCCAGCGCUGGCACGCCAUCAUCAUCGACCUCGGAUUAGCCAGUGCAAUGGCUUACGCCAAACAGAGGCGAUUCUCCGACAAGAGAAGGGCUGAGUACAGAUCGAGAAAAAUUUACACUUAUAUGGCCCCUGAAGUUGUCCUGUAUGGAAAGCGCAACUCAGUGGCCUCUGACAUCUACUCUUUCGGCGUCAUCCUCGAGUCCAUCGCCAGGAAGAUCAAGUUCAGCGAGGUGGCGGAACUGGCGGAGGACUGCACCGAGCAAGAUCCACUCAAGAGGCCGCACAGCAUGCAGGAAAUCCUCCUCAAGAUGGAAGCGAUCAGUGCUUCCUACUACUGA